AUGACUUUACCUCGGCAGGAUCAAGAAGUGCGUGGUGCCAAGAAAAAGGCUAUCGAAAAUGCAGAAAAAACUUGGGCACUGGCAGAGCGUCAGCGCAACUUGGUGGAUACAGAUAGCAACUCAUUUGAUGAUGGUAUAGGAGCUCCACUGAUGGUUAAUAAGCAAGAUGAUGAACCGAGUGGUACUGACUCUGAUGAAGCUCAGCCCAGGGACAAACCGAGUCGGGAUAGCUUAGUAACCGAUUCAGAGGGUAAUGAGAGUGUCACUGGCAGCGAGAAUGAAGACUCGGCUGCGAUGAGGCUUUUCGAUGAGGUCGCGUCGGUCGUCACCAACAAGCAGGGGGCAUCGAAAUCAUGUGGCACUUCAAAAUUGGAGUUUGCCUGUGAUCACAAACAAGUGGCUGAGAGUCCAAAAUGGGCCAAUAUGGAUCUUGAAGACACGGUUUCGGAGUCCAUUGAAGAUCCCUCGACUGGGGGCGACUCGUCAGAAUUUCAUUCUGACAACGAAGGCACUGCACCGAAACUUACCUCUGACGCUCAAACAUCGAAGACUCGGAGUAUCGCCUCUCUCGUUCGAACAGAUGGCGGAAAGGUGAAGUUACUUGAUCAGAACUUAGAGACUCGCAAAGUUCUUCAGUCCGCAAUCAUGGAAGUCAAGUGCCAUCUUUUUUUCACCAACAGCUAUCCUGAACUCGUCGACAAGAACCAAGUCGCGCUGGAAGCAUUGAUAGUUGUGGCUGAAAACCGUGGUGUGCAUGCGAUCAAAGAAUGUCUUCAAUCGGACGAACGGUAUGCGUCACAACUUGGUAGCUUAAUCAAUAACGAGGCUUCGCCCAUUGGAAAGAAGCCCUACCAGGGUGAACUUCUUAUAUACUUAAUAUAUCGUCAGCUCUUUCAUAGCUCGAGGUCCAUUGCCGUCAAAUUCAUGGAAUGCUUCGUCAAAAUCACCAACAACAAAGGACAGCGCCCCGAAGUCCCUAUCCCUUUGCUGGCAUUGGUUGCAACUGCGGUGUACGCAGCCCUUAUGUGGAAGUUGCAAGGUUCAACAUCCAAAUUCAACUUUACAGGAAAUUUAUUCAGCGAGACAUACAACUACCAUGUCAGGUUCCUCAAAAAACUGAAUAAGGACGUGCCUGCGAAAUUCCACUGUAUGAUGGCCGACAUCUAUGAGGCUGCACAGAAGUUGCGAUACAGCGGCACCGCUGCCAGUGGCCAUGGUGCUGAGCUGGAAGCAUUCGAGUUACUCGACCUUGACAACAUGGAAGAAGACUGA